AUGUUAACCGCACAUCACCCACAAAAUAAGACGACACAAAUGUCAUUGGUGAAGCCAGAUGGAAAUUUAGAUAAUGUUAUUGUGAUCUGUCAACUAUUAGAUCAAUCCUGUGGAAACGGCUCGAUUGUGACUAACGGGACUAUUCUUGUGGAGACAUGCUUGCAAAAUCCAAGCAGUACAACCUGUGAAAUCAGAUUUCAACCGAUGAUAGCAGGAGGUAAUUAUGCAUGUAAUGCAACUACGAUAGAAGACUGGAUAUGA